AUGCGCUUCACAUCGUGGUUAUCCGCUGCGAGUUUGGCGGCGUUGGCAUGGGCCAAGAAGGAUACCCCUUCCUCGGCUGAGCCUGAAGGAGAGGUCAAGAGCAUCGCGCUGCGGACACACACCUUAGUUCAGCCUUAUCUUGACUCUGAUAUGCAAAGUCGGUGGUAUGACUUCGGCGGCGAUACUAUAAUUCGAACCGAUUCAUACAUACGUCUUACCUCCGAUCGGCCCUCCCAAGCGGGAUGGAUCUUCUCUCGAGUCCCUCUCACGGCCACGAAUUGGGAGGUCGAGGUCGAAUUCAAGAUCUCGGGCAAGAACCAGCUUUUCGGCGAUGGUUUCGCCAUGUGGAUCACCAAGGAGAGAGCCACUCCCGGUCCCGUCUUUGGACAUGCCGACAACUUCAACGGACUCGGCAUCUUCUUCGAUACCUAUAAGAACAAUAGGCCCGGCGUCGUCUUCCCUUACAUCAUGGCCAUGUUUGGCGAUGGAAACACGCGCUAUGACAAGGAGAGCGACGGCAAGAAUGCAGAGCUCGCUGGCUGCUCGGCGCGUGGCAUCCGCAAUGCCCAAGUGCCCACAAAGCUCAAGUUGACCUACUUCCAAGACAAGAGCCUCAAGUUGGAGCUCCAGUACAAGGCUGAGGACGAGUGGACUCGCUGCUUCGAGACCAACGAGCCCCCGGCGAUGCCUCAGAUCUCGUAUCUCGGAUUCAGUGCCGAAACAGGCGAGCUUAGCGAUAACCACGACAUCAUCUCGAUCCGUGCCCGAAACCUCUACGUGGCUCCCAAGUCGGCCAAGGCCGCUACCGGCAAGGAAGAAGCCCCAAAAGUCUUCCAACUACAAGAAGCCCAACCAGGGCGGUUCCUGGUUCGGGUUCUUGCUUAA